AUGGAGAUAAUCCGUGGUAAAAAAGAAGACUCAACCUUAUUUUUCUAUAAAGGAUUUAAGUAUCUUGAAGACAAAUUAUGUAAGAGAGUGGCAAGAUGUUCAUCAAGAAAACUCGGAUGCAAGGCUACUCUACAUUUUAUCCAAGAAAUUUCUGAUAUUGAAGAUUUUGAAAAUCUCAAAGAAGGUACAGAUUUUAACAUUUUAAAAGAACACACUGAGUUUGAGGAUACACGUGACCAAGUUAGUGUAUUUAACGCCCUUACUGAUACCAACGAUGGCCCAGAGAGCUUCCACCGUCACUGCAACAGUGUCAUCGUUGAACGUCACCCAAUAAUUUGGUCUCUUAUAGAUAGAAUUGAAAAAAUUUUGAAAAAUGAAGAGUUGAAUUACGAGCGAUUACUGGAACACCUGAAAACAAAACGGCACACUCCUCGAGGGACAAUUAUCCGAAAAAAUUACGUUAAAAAUUUACAAAAUGAACUGUUAAAUCAGAAAAUCACUGUAGAAGAAUUUUUAAAAUCAAUACCGAGAUGUUUUAAUGAAUUAUUACAGACUGUAAAAAUUAUCAUUAGUCACGACGAAGCCUCAUCAGAUAGUGAAAGUGAAGAGUGUGAUCCAUCACAAUUUGGUAAAGAAGAAAGAAAAAAUAACACUGAAAACAAAAAAAAAAUAUUUAAAGGAAAUAAAGAAAUCAGUGAAGGCAGUAGAAGAACUACUUUUACCUAA